CUUCACAUUUAAUUUUUUUAUGCAUUGAGCUUAUAAUUUUUGACACUUAAUAGAUAAACAUAAAAACUCGCCCAAAAUAUUUAUCGUCUUAGUUUUUAUAUAGAUUUUUAUGGGACUGGUCAAGGUUGAAGCUUUGUGGAGCCGUAAAUAUCGAUUAUAUAUCCAAAUCCAAAAUUUAAUUCAGUGUCGGUGGGCGUCAAAUAGAUUUUGUGUUAGUUUUUGCAGAAGUCAGCUGGUAUUUCUCGUUUUUUUCAUAUAUUUUUCAACUUGCGCUCAAUUUUCUACCAUGGCCGAAGAAAAUAAGCAUUUAACGGCUGUCCUUAGGGGCAACGGUCUAUUUACCAGGAAUCUCUAUAAGAUCUUAGCCCAAGAAAAAAACAAAAACAUAUUUUUUUCACCCGUAAGUAUCCACGCCGUUUUAGCACUAGCCGCACAAGGCUCGGCAGGCAAGACCAGAAAAGCCCUUACCGACACCCUACAAGUACCCGAUAUAGCCACUUUAGCUGAGGGAUACAAAGAAGCCAUGAAAAAGUUGAAUUCGGUAGAAGAUGUUACUUUACUCAUGGCGAACAAAGUUUACUUGAAAGAACAGUUCGCUUUACAAGAAUCUUUUAAGAAUAUCGUUACCUCUCACUUCUUUUCCGAGGUUCAGAAUAUAAACUUUGAACAAAACACGGCGGCUGCUAAGACAAUUAAUACCUGGGUCGAGGAGAAAACUAAAGAUAAAAUUAAAAAUCUUAUUCAACCCGAUGAUUUAAAUGCAGAUACCCGUUUGGUACUAGUCAACGCUAUUUAUUUCAAAGGUAAAUGGGCAGAACCUUUUGCACCAUCCGCUACACGCACCGAAAAAUUCUACCUCAACGAUAAGGAUACCAUCGACGUUAACAUGAUGCAUAUUAAGAAAAAGUUUUACUUUAAAAACGAUGAAGAUUUGGACGCCAAACUUCUAGAACUUCCAUACACGAAUAAAGACUUAAGCAUGAUCAUUAUUUUGCCCAACAAGAGAAACGGCAUUGAUGAAUUGGAAGCCAAAUUGGCUAACACCGAUUUAACUAAGAUUACUGAAGACAUGUUUAGACCGGAAGUUAUUGUAUCUCUACCUAAAUUUAAAAUUGAAACUACAAUCGAUCUUAACGAGCCUCUUUCUAAGCUUGGCCUGGCUGGAAUGUUUUCAAACGAUGCAGAUUUCUCAGGAAUGCUUCAAAGUCCCGAGGAACUCAAAGUCAGUAAAGUCAUUCAAAAAGCAUUUAUCGAAGUUAAUGAAGAGGGCGCCGAAGCUGCCGCUGCCACUGGCAUGCUGAUUAGGAAGAAAAAAUGCCUAAUAUGGCAACGUGAUGAAAUAAUAUUUGAAGCUGAUCAUCCAUUUAUUUUCACUUUAAAGGAAAACGUUAAUAAUGAAAUUAACAUUCUGUUCAAAGGAAGGAUUGUUAUGCCAACUAGUAUUAGUGUAACCAUGUGAAAAAGACAAAAUAGUUAUUUGUUAGACUCUAAUAGCAGUCAGUGUUUUCUCUACAAAAAUUCUCAUGUUUAUUAUAUCUGUCAGUCUAAUCCUCCUUUAAGUAAAGAAGGAAGUAGAUCACCAAAGUCGGUAUGAUUAGAGUGGGUAAGAGUGAGAGAGUCGUUCACGUGAACGCUGUAAUCUAUAUAUGUCGCUAUGUCAUCUCAUCUAACCACAUCGAGUUGGCGCCGUCAUUUUACAAAAUAGUACGUCUAUUUUCGUUAUUAUUGGUCCGAUUCGAAUAAGACAAUCGACAUUCAGAUAUCAUACUUAACGAAAAAAAUUGUGUAGUAACAUUACCAAAAGAACACUGUGAUAUAUUUACAUCAUUAUUCGAACUUUCAUUUAGACGUAAUAUAUAAUGAAAAAAAUCUGCGCAGUAGCAGUCUGAAAAGGAUAUAACCUUAUAUCUUCGUUAUUAUUCGUUUGAUUUAAAUGAAAAAAAUCGUAUAGAUGUCAUAACUUUCCCAAAAGUACCCAAUGGUAUAUAUUCGUUAUUAUUCGUCUGAUUCGAACGCUCGAAACGUUAUUCAAUAUCAAAUGUAUAAAAACAUGAGAAUCGAAAUUGGCAACAUUCAUAUCAAUGGUACCAUGAAAAAGGAAAGCACUGCAUCAUCAAAUAUCAAAAAGUUGACGCGGUUAAAUCCUCCAUAUCAAUACCAACAAUACCAAGAAGUAUGCGCCAUCGUAAUCAAUAUUCAGUAACGAGCUGUCUACAGAAGGUAAUAGACGUAAAAUUGAAGAUAUUGGAAAAAAAGGUUGGGAGCUAAGUAAAGACAUAACAUUAUACGAAGAUAGAAGAUAGAAAGCAUGCCGGCUUUGGUGAUCUACUGAAGGACACGUUGUUUUAAUUGGGAUAUAUUAUGCUGUUUGUCAUUCAUUUCGUUUAGUGCAUGAAUCGUAUAGAUACACCUAUAUAGUAUUUUUAAGAUAACUUUAAAAUGACGUACAACAAAACUUUUCUUACUUGUUGGACAUUUUCUUGAGAAGUUCAUUAAAAAUUACAUAAUUUAGUAAAUUGUAUAGUUCAGAUUAUUACAAUGAAUCAAGGCGGAGUAUAAUGUGAACCAACUCUCAUUUAAAAACAAAACAAAAUGUGGCUAAAAUUGAUUGAGGUACGAAUAAAAAUCCGCUGGGAUUGCUAGUUUAAUUACGGUAACAGUCUUGCCAAUGGAUUUUACCUGAUUUUCGGAUAUUAUUAUCCAACUUACGAACUUAUCUUCAUCGGGCAAUAAUUUUGUUUGGAAUGCCUAAUAGUAGGUAUAAUAUGUGGACGAGGCGCCAUUUUAAAGGUGUAGUGAAAAUCUUAUAUGAGAGCAUAACCUACGAGAUCAUUAAAGUAAUUUUGUAAUCGUAGCUGAAACGGAAUGAAUGUUACAAACUUUCCAUCGUUAAUAGAAAUUGUUUAAUCAUCAUUAUCUUUUUCUUCGUCUUCCUGUUCUUAUUUCUUCAUCUUCUUCAUAUUCUACUCUUAAAAUCUAUAUUUUUAAUAUAUUACGUACCCUAAAAGUUAUUUUAUUUAUUUGAAGUCAUGUAUCUCGAAUAUAUGCCACUAAUUUAUUAACCUGUUAGUUAAUUUUCGAUUAAUAUUUUCAAUAUUCACCUUAGCAAAAUUGAUUUUCUCUUCUAACUUUAGACUUUGUAGAUCUGUCACUCAUUCACUGUCCUAAUAUCAGAUUGUAUGUCUUUCUGUCUUAUAGUUAACAGCAAGAUAGCUUUCGAUUUUCGAUGAAGUAGUUGUAUAUGUGUAGUUGACCUAAAGUCAUAUUACCUAAAAAUCCCUAGAUAAUAUUGACGUUGCCCAACUUAGAAAUUUUGAAUCUUAAAAUUAUAGAGGUUAUGCAGGUAUAGGUUAAGAUUUAUUGUAAGCUAAAUAUAUGAUAGUGAUAAUAUUAGAAUUCCACAGGUAAAUUUAAAACAUAUUUGGGUACAGUGAUAUAACUCUAUUUAAUUUCUUUGAAAAACAACUAAACAAAUAUAUUUUUAUGCAAUUCGCUGUGCUGAUUUUAUUUUCUUUGGCAAUAAACGUUAGUAUUUUGAUUGGACAAAAUGUACUAGGUUUUAUAUGCAACACUUUUCAGGUAUGAAAGCUAGGAGGAUAAUGUGUUCAAGACAGAAAGCUUUCUCACAAAAAUAUGAAACUAAUCAUCCUUACAUUAUAAUAUUUAAAGAAAUUGUUGAAAACCAAAAUAAAAUUUUCUUUUGCGGCAAAAUUUGCCUGCCUAUUGUAUAAAAAAAAUUAUAUAUUAAAUUAUAUAAUAAUUAUGUAGGAAAUAGUAACACAAUUAUUAUUUUUUUAUGUUUAAAACGUUAAAUAUCUGCCAUGACACAAUCACGAUCAAACGAACUUGCUUCGUCAUAUACAUAUGACUGAUUUAAUUGAAGAGCUUUGUAAGAACAGAAAAUGGAUUUUAUUCUUUAAAUAAAUUAUUAUAAACA